UCUCAGCUCAACGGAACGUGGAAAUCUUUGUAGUCAAAUUUGAUAAGGGAUAUUUACAGGCAAAUAGCAUAAACAUAUGCGUUUAUGGUUAUUAUGAAGUGUAUUAGAUGCUUAAUUCACGUGGUGCUGUGCGUGCUUCUUUCUAAAGUCACCUACAGCUCUGGACAGACGCCUGGUCGCCGCACUCGUUAUGAGCCGAAGUGGGCUAGUUUAGAUCAGCGACCACUUCCCAGAUGGUAUGACGAAGCCAAAGUAGGCAUAUUUCUUCAUUACGGAGUUUAUUCGGUGCCCAGCUUUGGCUCAGAAUGGUUCUGGACCAAUUGGAAAAAUCUGCGUAAUCCUGACUACAUACGAUUUAUGCAGCGCAAUUAUAAGCCUGACUUUACUUAUCAACAGUUUGCGGGCGACUUUACAGCCGAGCUCUUUAACGCUACGCAGUGGGCGUUACUCUUCCGAGAUAGCGGUGCCAGAUAUGUGGUGCUGACCAGUAAACAUCACGAUGGUUACACGCUGUGGCCCUCGAAGCACAGCUUUGGCUGGAAUUCAAUGGACGUGGGACCCAAGCGCGAUAUUAUCAAGGAGCUAUCGGCAGCAAUACGUGAUGUUUCGAAUCUUAAAUUUGGUCUAUACUACUCGCUGUUUGAGUGGUUUAAUCGCUUGUGGAUCGAUGACAAGCUGCAUUUGCUGAUGCAGCAGCAUUUUGUCGAUUAUAAAGUGCGUCCAGAGCAAAUGGACUUAGUACGGGAAUAUUUGCCGGAGAUCAUUUGGUCGGACGGUGACUGGGAGGCACCGGCCAAGUACUGGAAGUCCGAGGAAUUCAUCGCCUGGCUUUAUAACGACAGCCCCGUACGGGACACGGUAGUUACCAACGAUCGCUGGGGUUUUGGUACAGCCUGCAUGCACGGUGACUUUUACAACUGCGCGGACCGCUUCAAUCCAGGCGUAUUGCAGACACACAAAUGGGAGAAUGCCUUCACUUUAGAUCGCACUAGCUGGGGGCAACGCUUUGACGUAUCGCUCUCGGACUUUUUGACUUCCAAGGAAGUCAUUCAAGAGAUCGUCAUCACGGUCAGCUGUAAUGGCAAUGUCCUGAUCAAUGUGGGUCCAACCAAGUUUGGCACAAUUCUCCCCAUAUUCGAGGAAAGGCUACGUGAUAUGGGUCGUUGGCUCAAUAUUAACGGCGAGGGUGUAUACGGCAGCAUUCCUUGGAUUUAUCAAAACGAUACCCUGAAUUCGAAUGUGUGGUACACACGUGGUCGGCAGUCGACUAAUGCCAGCACUAUAAUAUAUGCAUUUGUCCUGGAAUACCCUUAUGACACCAAUGAACUAGAUAUAUACCCACUUGGAAAGCAAAUAAAUAAGUAUGGCAACGUAAUACUCACCGGCCUAGACUCACUGAAUGUAGACAGCGAAAUACUAAAUAAGGACACAACACAAGUUUCCAUGCUAGGCAUGGAGGAUACAAAGAUUGAAUGGUCUGCCAGCCACAACAAGCUGCACAUAACUUUCCCACCGAAGCAUCACAUCGAUAAACGUGGCUUAGACUAUGCUUGGACUUUCAAAAUAGUUAUAGUGUAAUUUACCUUUUAUACAGAUUUACAGACAUAUUCUUAAUCUUAAGUUUUUAUAAACCUGGUAGAAAAUAUUUUAAA